AAUCUUCAUAUAUUAACAGAUUCAUAUUCACUGAUAAUUGUGAUCUCAAUGUUGAAUUAUUGAUUAAGAACUUGAGAGAUAUAAUAAUGAAGAAAUUAUCUAUAUUAUAUGUAAUUAGAUCUUUUAUAUCUCUCUCUGCUCUCUCUGUUUCUUUCUCUGUCACUUUCUCUCAAUCUUUUACAUCUGUCUCUGUGUCUGAUUCUCUCACUCUCACUAUCUCUGUUUCUGUAGCUCUUACUUUUACUACUUCUACUUUCUCUGCUUCUGUCAUCUCUACUUUUAUUAUCAGCUCUCUUCAUUUCAAGAAGAUAUUGUAUAGACUUAAUAAAUCAUAUUUCUUAAGAAUUAUCUCUCUUCUCAACAGUGUUGAGAUUAUAAAAGAUAUCUGUGUUUUCAGAAACAGAAAUACAGAUAUCAUACUCUUUUACAUCUGCAGAUAUGAGGCUCAUACAUCUUAUCUGAGAUAUUAUCAUGAGAAUGAGCUGUUCACACACU